AUGCUGGCUCGCGCCCUGCUGCUCUGCGCCGCCCUGGCGCUCUGCCGUGCAGCGAAUCCUUGCUGUUCCAACCCAUGUCAAAACCAAGGUGUGUGUAUGAGCAUAGGAUUUGACCAGUACAUGUGUGACUGCUCUCGAACAGGAUUCUAUGGUGAAAACUGUUCAACACCUGAAUUUCUGACGAGAGUAAAAUUAUUCCUGAAACCCACUCCGGAUACAGUGCACUACAUACUUACCCACUUCAAGGGAGUCUGGAACAUUGUCAAUAACAUUCCCUUCCUGCGAAAUGUAAUUAUGAGAUACGUGUUGACAUCCAGGUCACAUUUGAUUGAGAGUCCUCCAACUUACAAUGUGGACUAUGGCUAUAAAAGCUGGGAAGCCUUUUCUAAUAUCUCCUACUAUACCAGAGCUCUUCCCCCUGUGGCGGAUGACUGUCCAACACCCAUGGGUGUGAAAGGCAAGAAAGAGCUUCCUGAUUCUAAAGAGAUUGUGGAAAAAUUUCUUCUAAGAAGAAAGUUCAUUCCUGAUCCCCAGGGCACAAAUAUGAUGUUUGCAUUCUUUGCCCAGCAUUUCACCCAUCAAUUUUUCAAGACCGAUCAUAAGCGAGGGCCAGGUUUCACCAAAGGACUGGGCCAUGGGGUGGACUUAAACCAUGUUUAUGGGGAAACUUUGGAUAGACAACAUAAACUGCGCCUCUUCAAGGACGGAAAAAUGAAGUAUCAGGUAAUCGAUGGAGAGGUGUAUCCUCCCACAGUCAAAGAUACUCAGGUGGAGAUGAUCUACCCACCCCAUGUUCCUGAACACCUGAGGUUUGCUGUGGGCCAGGAAGUCUUCGGGCUGGUGCCUGGUCUGAUGAUGUAUGCCACGAUCUGGCUGCGGGAACAUAACAGAGUGUGUGAUGUGCUCAAACAGGAGCAUCCAGAGUGGGAUGAUGAGCGUCUGUUCCAGACGAGCAGGCUCAUAUUGAUAGGAGAAACCAUUAAGAUUGUGAUUGAAGACUAUGUGCAGCACUUGAGUGGCUAUCACUUCAAGCUGAAGUUUGACCCAGAGCUGCUUUUCAACCAACAAUUCCAGUACCAAAACCGCAUUGCUGCUGAGUUUAACACGCUCUACCACUGGCACCCCCUUCUGCCCGACACCUUGCAAAUAGAUGACCACGAGUACAAUUUCCAACAGUUUGUCUACAACAACUCGAUACUGCUGGAACAUGGGCUUACCCAGUUUGUGGAAUCAUUCAGCAGGCAAAUUGCUGGCAGGGUUGCUGGUGGUAGGAAUGUUCCAGCUGCAGUACAACAAGUAGCAAAGGCCUCAAUUGACCAGAGCAGACAGAUGAAGUACCAGUCUCUGAAUGAGUACCGCAAACGCUUUCGGCUGAAGCCCUACGCGUCUUUCGAAGAACUUACAGGCGAGAAGGAAAUGGCUGCGGGGUUAGAGGCCCUUUAUGGAGAUAUUGAUGCCAUGGAGCUGUAUCCAGCCCUCCUGGUAGAAAAGCCUCGUCCAGAUGCCAUCUUUGGUGAGACCAUGGUAGAAAUGGGAGCACCAUUCUCCUUGAAAGGACUUAUGGGUAAUCCCAUCUGUUCGCCUGACUACUGGAAGCCUAGUACUUUCGGUGGAGAAGUAGGCUUUAAAAUCAUCAACACUGCCUCCAUUCAGUCUCUCAUCUGCAAUAACGUGAAGGGCUGUCCUUUUACUGCAUUCAGUGUUCAAGACCCCCAGCUCACCAAAACAGUCACCAUUAAUGCAAGCUCUUCACACUCCAGACUAGAUGACAUCAAUCCCACAGUCCUGCUAAAAGAACGGUCCACCGAACUGUAGAAGCCUGUUAAUCAUAUUUAUUUAUUUAUAUGGACGAUUUCUUUUAACUUAAUUAUUUAAUAUUUAUGUUAAACUCCUUAUGUUACUUAACAUCUUCUGUUAAGGAGAAAGGGGUCAUACUUGUGAAAUUUUCAUGUCACUACUUUAAAGAUGUCUUCAGGUUAAAGGGGAAAACAGCUGUCAUUGUUUUGUAAGUGAGUUUGACAUCCUUUUACUUGAAUUUCAGUUUAUAUUAUUUAUAAUAAGAACAAAAGCAAAGGUGUUCGGACAUUUAAACUCUGUUCCAAGAUGGCAAAAUGCUGCAAGUGUUUUUCCGCACUGUCGGGAUUUCUAGUGUAUCUUCCAGGAAGCAUUAGAAGCAAUUACCUGCACACUGUUUCUUUUUUUCUGUUAGCCACUGUGCUGGGAGAAACUCUCUACUGAUGAGUUUACUUUUUUGUUUUCUUGGUUUUAAAGAUCUGAAUACAUCUUUCUUUGUUUGGACUCUGUACUUUCUUACCUGAACUUGCAGAAGUUUUCAGAAAACCUCAACUCA